UAUCGCAGGCACAAUAUAAAUACGACGCUCAACGCUUCAGAUUACAAUAAGCAUCUCAACAUAACGUAAUGUUUACGUUGUUGACAUUUCAUUAAAACACGUGUAAGGUUUUUAUAAAUAAUUAAAUUUGCAGUGCAUUUGUAAGUGAAAAUGUUACCCAAUUCAGAUGUUGUCGUUGGCUAUGCAGUCGACGAUGUUAUUAAUAAAUAUAAAAUGGAGCAUUUUUUAGCAUCUCAUUCACAUCUAGCUAACUUUGGACGUGUACCUGCCAUGAAACACUAUGCAGCUUCUUCAACUGUUGAUGACUCCAUUUGGUUGUAUGACACUCUCUCAACCAUUGAAAGUGGAAAACUAGUUAAUCAUAAUGACACCAUAAACAGUAUGGAUUUCUCCCUCGAUGUAAGACAGCUAACAUCAGCCAGCAAAGAUAUAUUAGAUAAAAUUAGCAGGCAAAUAAGUUGUGAUGGAAUUUUACGAACUUGGAACUUCGUCAAAGGCAGACAAGCUUAUGCUACUACUUUAUCGCCAUGGGAAAUGGACACUUUGGAUAUAAAUUUUUGUACCUGGAGUCCUAGUGAACAUACUUAUUUGAUAGUAACUAAUAACAAAAUUGACGUGUACACUCUCUCAACUGGCAUGAAAGCAAAUUUUGUACUUGAUUAUGAAGUAGAAUGCAUCAAGUUUUUAGAUGAGAAAUUUGUUGCUAUUGGUUUAGAAAAUGGCAAGAUAAGUAUCCUCAAUUUAGAAACUGGUUCUGUGAUCAAUGAAAUUAGAGCUUAUGACAACAAAGUUAGAUGCAUGGCUAAACUCAACAACUUAUUGGCUUCUGUCUCAAGUUUGGGAGAAAUAAAGUUGUGGUCUAUUGAAAAAGAUGACUUGACAUAUUUGAAUAAGCUAAACCUUAAUACCAGGAAAAAUUAUACAAAACCUAUGUAUAAUGAAAUUUCUCUCAUGACAUUAACAUCUCUGUUAAAACAAAAUGAUACUGUUGAAAAAAAUAUUUCUAGUGUUUCCAGAACAAGUCAAAGGAUACUGAUUGAAGAUGAAGGUAAUAAAUCAAUAGUAAUCACUAAAAAAUCUAAAACAAAAAAGUCCAGAAAACUUGAAGAUGAUGAUAAUAACAAAGAAAAUAUUUGUAAAAAACAAAGAACAGAUAACAUCAAAAAUUUCGAAAAAGGACAAAAUAAAAGAAAUGCAUCAGUGUUAGAAGAAGAUGAUAGAAUUGAAGAGAAUUCAAAAAAGAAACGAAAAAAUGAAGCUUACUGUAGCAAACAAAAAAACAAAAUUACUCAUGACAGUCAACUUGAUUUUCAAGAAAGAAGUAAAACUAGUAAAGUCAAUAAAAUCGAUAAAUCUUCUAGAAAACAUAAAUUAGAAAACGUAGAAAAUGAAUCAACUUGUAAUAAAAAAAAGCGGAAGACUUUAGAAAAUCAGAAGAAGAAAAAUUCUACACAUAGGAAAAGACUGAAAAAGAUUCAAACAUUAAAAAUUUGAUCUUUUUGUUGAUUACAUAUAAUAUUAUGUAUACUGUACAUAGUUAGAUAGAUUUUUUAAAUAUUUUUAUUAUUCUGUACAUAGAAAAUACUUUAAUACUUUAAACUUGUGAUUUCAACUUAGUAUAAAUGUCUUCUGAUGUGAUUACUUAUUUCUGUGUUUUAAGUAAAAACAAAAUACGUUUUUGGCAAAAUUUUCUAUAAGAAAUUAAAGAAAAUUAAAAUUUUCUUACUAGUUUUAUUUUAUAAUUUCGCGAGUAUUGUUGACUUAAGGUUCAGACCAUCUAAUGAACUCCUUUUUUCAAUGUUCCAAUCUCUGUUUGAUUAAACUUUAUGUACAUAUAAUUUUUAAAUUAAUUAAAAAUCUUUUAUGAAAGUAAAA